GUUGCCAACUUUCGUUCGGAUCCGUAGCCAGUGUCGCUUAAAGUCAUACUUAUUUUGUAAAAUGGAAUUUUUAAUUUGAUUUCAAAUCGGAAUAGAAAAAAAAUUUAAUAUUAUAAUAAACAUACAUUCGUUUUUAUCAUUAAUAAAUAGUUAAUUAUCAUGGGUCAAAUUAAAAGUGAGGGCAGAUUUUUUGAUAAAUUUUUUGCCGUGAUAUAUGCAUGUGCAUGUGCGCACACUUUUUAUGAUUUGAAAAUUGAUCCGUUGAUCCGCAUUCAAGAAGAAAUAAAAGAAGUUGUACGUCGCGAAGAAGAACAUCGCCAACUUAUCACCGGUAGCUCCCUCAUAUCAACAGACGAAUACGAAAUGCACAAUGAAAAUGACAUUACUAAUGAUAAUAACGGUCAUAAUGACAAUGAUAGCUCUAAUAGCCUAUCAAUCAGUCCCUUACCACAUUCGUCUUUGAAUAACGGCGAAGAUUCCUUAUCACAUGGUAAAAAUAGCAUUAAUAGUAAAGAAUGUAUUGACGAGGACUCAGGAAUAUCAGCGUCGCCAAGUCCAAUAAAUGGCAUCUCAGCUACUCCUCUUUACAUAGAACCGAUGAAGCCGUCAAAAGAACAACGUUAUAUUGGUCCGAAUUUCUAUACAAUUACACCAGAACCACCCCGUCAGAUGAUGAUCGCGGGCACGGUUCCGGUUACACCCCCAGUUCUUAAUAGACAACGUAUCUUUGCUUUUAAUCCUGCAAACAAAGGGGUCAUGCAGCGCUUUAUAGCUUCUCGAGGAAAAUUACAACCAAGCAACAAUAAUACAACAGCAAAUCAAAUUAUAUUAAAUCCAAAAACCGCAAAUGUUUUGCUUAACAAUAAUAUUUCCACAUCAUCUAUCACGCCACCAACAGUUGUGUCAAGUGCAUUACACCCAGCAAUGACGCCUGAAGCCCUGACUCCUCCUAUAAUCAUACCAACGGUUACUAUGACUCCACCACAAAUCGAACGAGAUGCAGAAGGUAGAGUAAUUCGGCGAGGUUACGUACCAGCGGAGGUGAAGAUCCAGAAAGAGAUAAAGGACUUACAAGCUCGUGAGCAUGAACUGAAAAAGCGCAACAAAUUUCGACAAUCUACAUCCGAUUUACUAGAGUCAAUUGAAAACGACAAUGAACAAACAGAUGACGAAGAUUCCGAAGUAGAACAUUGUCUUGGACCUAGACAACUGCGUUCAGCGAAGUCUGUCACUGAAAUCUCCUACUCUACAUCAUUAAAUAAUAGCAUCUCUCCCAGAGCAACUCCUAGUCCUGAUUACGAUUUGAAAAAGAAUGGAGGUGGCACAAUGCGCCCCGCUAUGUCAUUGGCACAGUUGUGUGAUCUUACGCCUGAGGAGGCGCCCUCUUCGCACCGGCUCAUAGUGGAAUGGGAAAAUCGUAUACAAAUGAAUGCUGUGCGCAACACCACAGUGCCAAAUGAAGACUAGAUUCUAAUAAAUUAGAAAAACAAAUUAGCAAACACAGAUUAAAUGUAAACAUAUUUAUGUAUGCUGGGAAUAAUUAUGUAUGUACAUAAAAACUUUUGACUAAACAAAAUUCACAAUUACCAAACAAAGUAACAUAGCUGGAAUUUGUUACCAAUAUCUUUGUGGAAAAGUAUUAUAUUAUGUACAUACGUAUGUAUAUGUUACGAGUAUUUUACUAUUAAUCUUUAGGCAUUAAAAUAUCAUAGGGAGAUUCCACGAAACGAGGGUUGAGUUCGAAAUCACUCUAUGAUGACGAAAGCUAAAUAUUUUUAAAUCUUUAUGGUAUUUAUCUUUGUUAAAACGAAAUGAAAGUUAUAAAAAGCAACUUGUUAAUGAUCGAAGUAAAUCAGAAUAUAUUUAUUGCAUUUAAGAAACAUAUAAA